AUGAGUGACCCAGAAAACCCAAAUAUCCAGAACAGAACAACGCCCCAGUGGGCUCUCUACCAGCGAGAGAAGUUCUGGGAGGCCAACGAAGGAACACAUCCGCCCUUUAAUACCCACCCCAAAGCACUGGAAGAGAAAGCCAAAGAGAAGCUUAGUCAAGGCGGGUGGUACUACGCCUCUUCCAAUGCCGGUCUUUCCACUACACACUCAGUCAAUCGACAGGCCUUUCACCGCCAUCGAAUCAUCCCUCGCACGCUGGUUGACACGAAUCUCCGGGAUACAACGACCGAGAUCUGGGGCCACCGAGUCUCUGCGCCGAUUGGAUUUGCGCCAAUUGGAAUCAAUAAGAUAUACCACCCAUUAGCAGAACUACCCGUGGCCAAAGUAGCCGGGGAGUUGAAUUUACCCUACUGCCUAUCCACAGCCGGUAGCACCGCAAUCGAAAAAGUCGGCGACGCCAACGGACCAACAGGCCCUCGGUUUUUCCAGCUGUACAUGCCCCACGACGACGAACUGACACUCUCGCUCCUCACACGCGCGUGGAACGCCGGGUUUGACGCCCUGAUCCUCACCACGGAUACAUGGCAGCUCGGAUGGCGCCACGACGACGUCGCCCACUCCAACUAUGCUUUUUACCGUGGCAUCGGCGCGGACUUGGGUCUGACGGACCCUGUAUUCCAGCGGCGCUGCCGCGAACGAGGAAUCGAUAUUGGCCAGGACCCCGUCGCCGCAGCGACAUUCUGGAUAGACAGCAUCUGGCACGGCCGCGCGUGGUCGUGGGACAAGAUACCCUGGCUACAGCGUGAAUGGAAACGCAUCUCAGGCGGGAAAGGCCCAUUUGCAAUCAAGGGCAUUCAAUCGGCCGCGGAUGCGCGCAAGGCCGUUGACGAGUACGGCGUGGAUGGGAUUGUGGUCAGUAACCAUGCGGGCCGGCAGGUAGACGGCGCGAUUGCGAGUUUGGACGCGCUCGAGAAUAUUGUGGAUGCAGUCGGAGAUCGGGUUUAUGUCAUGUUUGAUUCUGGGGUGCGUGGCGCCAGUGAUGUAGUCAAGGCGCUGGCUUUGGGUGCGAGGUUUGUGUUUGUGGGUCGGUUAUGGGUUUGGGGCCUCAGUAUCAUGGGCGAGCAAGGCGUGCGUCAUGUUAUGAAGUCGCUGUUGGCUGAUUUGGAUAUUCUCAUGGCUGUGGGUGGGUUUAAUAGUGUGAAAGACUUUGGCCGUUCUAUGCUUGAAUAG